AUGGUCACCGAGGCUGGCAUUAUUGGCAAGGUGGGCCUCAACUCAAAAGGCGUUGGAGUUACCCUUAACGCCAUCAAGGCAGAAGGCGUAGACUUCACCCGGCUGCCCUGCCACCUUGCUCUCAGGCUAGCACUGGAAAGUUCCUCGCGUGUCGACGCCAUUGGCAAACUAGGAAAAGUAGGUGUUGCAUCGGCAUGCCAUAUCACUAUUGCCGACUACACAGGCGGUACUGGUCUCGAGUGCUCGUCUAUGGAUAUAGCAUGGCUCAACAUGGGCGAUUUCAUGGAGAGCAGACCAGAUAUCAUCACUCAUACAAACCACUUUGUGCACAACCACAAGAACGGUUUGAAGUCCAUGAUGUUCAUGCCUGACAGCGAGGCCCGUCUGGCCAGGCUAAGAGAAUUGCUGGCCCAGAGCGGGCCUAAGCCAGAGUUUGAGAGGAUAGAAGAAAUCCUGAAGGACGAGAAGGGAUACCCGACCUCCAUUUGCCGACAGGCAAAAGGUGAGAAUACAACGUCCACGUUGUUUAGCAUUAUCAUGAACCUUAGACAGUUGAAGGCCACUGUGAUUGUUGGAAGGCCUGUUGACCCCCAAGGGGUUCUUGAGUUGAAACCUUGA